AUUUGUAGGUUGCGUGUCUUGUGAGUCUCAUCGAAUUCUGUUUUGUUGGUCACCUUGAAUUUCGUUUCGCUUCCUAUGUGCCUGGAUUUACAAUCAUAGAUAAUUGUAGUCUGUUGGAGUAUUCAUCUCCAGUUCGCACUGAUUAAGAUUGAAAUAUUUUCUGUCAGUACAUAUAGUUAGCGGUCUGUGUUGGUGGUUUAUUGGUGUCAUCAUGGAACAAUGUGUAGCUGAUUGUCUCAACAGUGAUGACUGUGUGAUGAUUGUAUGGUCGGGCGAAGUUCAAGAAGACGUUAUGCGUGGUCUACAAGUGGCUGUUUCUACAUAUGUUAAGAAGCUGCAGUUCGAAAAUCUGGAGAAAUUCAUGGACAUUUCAACUGUAGAUAGUCAGUUUCACGAUUGUUCUGUCAUACUAUGUGGUUGGCCUAACUCGAUAGGCGUAAACAUACUCAAACUUGGUUUGCUAUCAAACCUUUUAUCCUGUUUGCGACCUGGUGGGCGAUUUUUUGGCCGUGACCUAAUUACGGGUGACUGGGAUUCUUUGAAAAAGAACCUAACUCUUUCUGGGUACAUAAAUCCGUACCAGUUGUCAUGUGAAAACCACUUAAUAUUCAGUGCCUCUGUUCCUGAUGUCGAGGCGGCUUGGGAAAAUGUUGAUAAUACAUCUGACGCCAAUGGAAAUAUUAUAAAUACAAAUGCACUUUUGCACAAAUCAGAUUUGAAAACUCCUUUGGCUGUCUGUGGCAAAGACUCUGUUACUGAUUCAGAUGGAAAAAAGAAACGGGCUUGUAAAAACUGUACAUGUGGCUUAGCUGAAAUUGAAGCAGCGGAAGAAGUUAAAUCUGACGUCCCAAUAUCGUCCUGUGGAAAUUGUUAUCUCGGGGAUGCUUUCCGAUGUUCUACAUGCCCUUACCGUGGGCUUCCACCAUUUAAGCCUGGCGAAAGAAUUCUAAUACCGGAUGAUGUUUUGAAAGCUGAUUUGUGA